AUGCCCGCCACCGAGAGAACCCGGACAUCUUUCCACCACGGAAUAACUUAUACCAGCUAUGAGGUCAACACUGCGGGCAUUAAGUUCAACGCCUCAGGCGUGCGGGUCCUGAUCGACCCGUGGUUCAUUGGCGAGCUGGCGUUCGGCGGUGCGGAGUGGCUGUACUCUGGUCGCAAGCGGGUGAUCGGUCGGGAUACCCGCGUGGACAUGCAGCAGGUGCUGGCGGAGACGGACGUGCUGGUCAUCACCCAGGGGCUGGACGACCACUGCCACAUCCCCACACUCUCCGCCGUCGCCAAUAAAGCCAUACCGGUGGUCACCAACCCCGACGGGGCUGCGCGCAUGCGCCCCCUGGGCUUCUCCAACAUCAGGGUGCUCAGCCCGGGGGAGUCCACCACCGUCACGGGGGAGUCAGGUGGCCAAAUCAGGAUACAAGCCACGGCGGGUGCUCUGGUGGGGCCCCCCUGGACUCCUCGACAGUUGGGGCUGUUGAUGCGGGAGGUGGCGGCGGAGGGAGAGCGGUCCGCCUCCCUGUACUUCGAAUCGCAUUGCGACUUCGACCCGGCCAGUUUGACCUCGGGGCUGCAGAGCUGUCUGGCGGGGGGGCCCGUGGACGUGGUGGUGUCGCCUGUGGUGUCCACAUUGCUGGGCGUGGGACCGGCGUCGUACGAGCUCGUACAGGGGGCUUCCAACCUGGUGCGGCUGUUGCGGCUGUUGCGGCCCAAGGUGCUGCUGCCGCUGCUCAAUCACGACAUGGAGGCCAGCGGGCCCCUCACCGCCAUCAUGUGGCAGAAGGGAGACGAUCGCGCGGUGACGGAGCUGCUGCGGCGGGAGGGGCUGACCGACACGCGGGUGGAGUACCCCGCACCGCCCGGGGAGGCCCUGGCCCUGGCGCUCUAG